GUGUAAGUAUUUGAGUUUGAAUGUCAACAUUUUCUGUAUUAGAUAAAUGAAUGACUUCGCAACUUUGCUGCGUUCGUACACAUGAUCACAUUAAAUGGCAACCGCUUUCAGUGCCAGUAGAAAAUGCGUUACAGUGGACCUCCCGAUUUCAUUUAUAUUUCCCUGAAUUUAUUUUUCUUUUGGUUCUUCAUGUGUUUGUGCUCCUUGUGACAUUAGCACGAUGGACCGCAUCAUCACUUUGGUUGACAUGGAUUGCUUCUACUGUCAGGUGGAGGCACGGCUGAAUCCCUCCUUGAAAGGAAAGCCAUUGGCUGUGGUGCAAUAUAACAGAUGGAAAGGUGGAAUGAUCAUUGCAGUGAAUUAUGAGGCUCGUAAUUUUGGUGUUACAAGAAGUAUGAGAGGAGAUGAAGCAAGGAGAAAGUGUCCAAAUAUAGUGCUUGUGCAUGUUCCAGAAGUCAGGGGAAAAGCAGACCUCUCAAAAUAUCGUGAUGCGGGGCGUGAAGUGGCAGAUGUUUUCUGUCAGUUCAGUCACUGUGUUCAAAGAGCCAGUGUUGAUGAAGCAUACAUUGAUCUCACUGAAGGUGUUGAGCAGCGAAUUACUGGCCUUCACCGAGUGCAGUCAUCUCAGCUAGCCACAACUUUUGUGGUGGGAUUCACAGAUGUUGACAAUAAUGAUGAAGAGAAGAGACAGCAAGGCCUCAGCUCAUGGCUGGAGAGUGUCUCUGAACUGCAGGAUGCAGCGCAGCUAAGACUGGCUGUGGCAGGAGUGAUCAUGGAGGAGAUGAGAGCAGCAGUAUUCCAACAGACAGGCUUCCAUUGUUCUGCGGGGAUAUCUCAUAACAAGAUCUUGGGGAAGUUGGCAUGUGGUCUGCAUAAACCAAACCGGCAAACGAUUUUACCACAGGCAGGUGUGAUGGAGCUGUUUAAAACUCUGCCCAUCAGGAAAGUGCGUAGCCUUGGUGGAAAAUUUGGCUGUGUUGUGAUGGAACAGUUGGGUUGUAGAGUGAUGGCUGACCUGCUGCAGUUCACUGAGAGCCAACUACAGCGGCAGUUUGAUGAAAAGACAGGAACGUGGCUGUACAACGUAGCACGAGGCAUUGACCAUGAACCUGUGACUCAGAGGCUUGUGCCAAAGUCAAUUGGUUGCUGCAAGAAGUUCCCUGGGAGACAGGCACUGAGCACCAGGACAGAUGUGCAGUUCUGGUUAUCCGAGUUGUCUGCUGAGGUAGCAGAGCGCUUAGCAAAAGAUCUGGAAGAGAACAGGAGACAAGCAAAGUUACUGACUGUGUCAUACCAUCAAGACAUUGAUUCAUGCAGCACAUCCAGCUCACGUUCUGGGCCGCUGACUUCCUAUGACCCACAGAGGAUACUAGCUGAUGCCUUUGAGCUGAUUAAAAAAAGCAACACUAGCUCCUCUGCAGGUGGAUCUGAUGUUUGGUAUCCCCCUUUGAAGUAUCUGGGCUUGUCAGCAGGGAAGUUUAUGAAUGAAGGCGUGGCACAGAAUUCAACAAUCAAUGAUUUCUUUGGUGUGACACAGAAGGAGUCAAACAAGGUAGUUUGUAAGAAUAGUAGUGGUACAGAUGACCAGAAACACGGAAAAACUGUGCUUACUGAUUCAAGUAAGGCUUCAUCCACAGAUAACUCAUUCUUUAUUAAAUAUAUCAAGCAACACACUCUUACUAAAUCUGCUGAAACAAAUAGUGAUAUGGUUUUGGUUGGCACACAUGACAGCAGACCCCAUGACAAUAUAGAUUUGCCCAUUUCUAAUGUACUUGACACGAACAGUGAUGAUGAUAUGUUUGAGAGCCCAGUUACAGACAUGGAGGAGAAAAAGAAAGAGAAAUCAAAUUUACCUGUUAGAACCACAACAACAGAGUUGAAUCCAGAGGUAUCAACUUCUAUGAUUGAAAACCAGGUAGAUGAUGACACCAGUAAAAUGUGGAUAAGUCUUGGGGAGCUGUUCCCAGAUUUCAGCAGGAUUGAUGACGAUGUUGUGGCCCUGCUACCAGUGUCUUUACAAGAACGUCUGCAAGCUCGAAUUGAAAAGGCGAAGGACAACUCUAGAACAAGUAAUAAACAAAUUUUGACGAACAUCACAUCAAAUAAUAACGUGAUAGACACAACUGACUCUCAGUCUGUUGGAGAUCAUUCACAGGGUGAAACUGAACUAGGUACAAAGGAUGUCAAACCGUUUAUACAUGCUGCUGAAUGUGUUACACAGUCAGAAAUGGAAAAGCAGCCAUACAUUGAAAACAUGUCACCCAAAGGUAUGAACCUAUUAUAUCAUUCUAAUGAUCAGAAAGAUGAUUUACUUUCUAAGAGCUGUUCUGUCCUACAACACAGAAGGAGUGAAAACUUGGAUCAGAUACAGGUUUGUGAUGAUAUAUUUCCUCCUGACACUAAGCAGCAGAACUUGAGUGUCAGUCGUGUUCCACUGAGUCACAGAGACGAAGCUGCUGGACCUAGCACUGACUUUAUGAACCACUGCAAAGUAGAUGUAUCAUAUGCAAAGAAUAUCAUGGCAAGUGACAAAGAUACAGAGAACAGUGAGAGCAUUGUAGCUGAGAACUGCCCUCACUGUAGAAAAGAUGUCCCCCUGAGUGAAUAUGCAGAGCACCUGGAUUUCCAUACAGCAGAAAAGUUGCAUGAAGAAUUGAAUGGGGUAGCAGUGCAUGUGAAGAGCACAGUGAAUGCUUCAGCACUACACAGGAAUCCUUCAUUAGAACUUACAACAAAACGAAAGCAUGGUUCUCUGUGCAAGAAGUCCUCUGUGAUUGGUCGUAACAAGAAAAUGAGAAGUAUUACUGCAUUCUUCACUCCAAAGUGAGGAUGAAUGCUUACUGUAUUUCAAGGGGGAGUAUUAGUGUUGUUAGAAGUUCACUUAGCAGUUUUU